AUGUCGCCGCCUGCUGCCAGCCGCGUGCUUGUGGACGGCGUGGACGUGGCCUCGCUGCACCUGCACGCGCUCAAGUACCACAGCUGCACCGGCGCCGGCAAGAGCUCGCUGCUGCGCCUGGCGCCACCCGCCGCCAGCCGCGUGCUUGUGGGCGGCGUGGACGUGGCCACGCUGCACCUGCCCGCGCUCAGGUACCGCAGCUACACCGGCGCCGGCAAGAGCUCGCUGCUGCGCCUGGCGCCGCCCGCCACCAGCCACGUGCUUGUGGACGGCGUGGACGUGACCACGGUGCACCUGCACGCGCUCAGGUACCGCAGCUGCACCGGCGCCGGCAAGAGCUCGCUGCUACGCCUGGUGUCGCUCCCCAUCAUAUUCUUUGACAAAUAG